AUGCCUGAAUCCAGCUGGACGCUGGGGAGCUGGAACCCAGGAGCAACCUGCAAAGGUCAAACUCUUGGACAAAGGCUCUUUCCUGCAGCAGCUUGUUUACUGUGUGGCUCAGAGUUGUCCAGUUUGUUCCCCGUGAUGGACUGCACCUUCCCUCUCAGCUCUGCCACACAGCACUUGCUGCAGCCAGAUCACUGGAAGUAUCCUCCCCGUGCAAGGUCCCGGUGCCACCGCGGUGAGUGCAGCCUGAGCCCCGAUGGCCAGGGCUGCCAGCACAGCCGCCUGGAGCCACUGGAGUGCCGGGAUCUGCUGGUCCAGAAUGCACUCUUCACUGGAGACCUGGACAUGGUGCAGAAGUACUUCCCCAAGAGCGCAGCCAUCAAUCUCGUCAUUGAGACCAGGGGUGAUGUGCUGCGCUGGACUAGCAGGAAACGUGGACUGUGGUCUCUGAGCUAUGAGCAGGAGCUCACCACGCCCCUGCACAUCACGGCCAGCCGGGGCUACACCGACUGCCUGCGGCUCCUGCUGCUCCGGGGCGCUGCCGUCGACUUUGCCCCGGGGGGCAAGACGGCCCUGCACGAGGCUUGUGCAGCCGCCAGCACCGACUGUGUGCGUCUGCUGCUCAGCUCCGGAGCCGACCCCGAGGCUGUCUCUGAGGAUGGCUACAGGCCCCUGCACCUCUGCAAGAGCCCAGACUCCAUUGAGUGUGUCCGGCAGCUGCUGCAGCAUGGUGCCAGUGCCAACAGUCGGACAGAGCAGGAGGAUGACACAGCCCUGCAUGUGGCAGCACGGCACGGCCUGGCAGAGCACGUCCAGCUGCUUCUGCGCCACGGGGCAGAACUGGAGGCAGAGAAUGAGGAGGGACAAACACCACUGAACGCUGCCUGUGCUCAGCACCAUGAGCCCCAGGACAUGGACCACUACUACCGGGUGUGCCAGCUGCUGGUGGAGAGUGGUGCCAGCAUCAACGCUGCCGAUCGGGACAGGCAGCACCCGCUUCACCUGGCCUGCAAGAAUGCUAACGCUCAAAUCACAGAGCUACUGCUGGCCUGGGGUGCAAACGUCAAUGUCAUGAACUACGGCGGCAACACAGCCCUGCACAAUAUCCUGCAAGUAGCUGCUUACAAACUGCAGCAUCGCCCGGAGCUCGUGGUGCGAGCCCUGCUCAACCACGGCGCUGUCCGCAUCUGGCCGGGCUCCCUCCUUAAGGUGCUGCGGUACUGCCACACCUGCCCACGCGUCAUUGAGGCCCUGGUGAACAGCUACACCCACGUGCGCGUCUCCGAGGACUGGGUGGAAGCAGUUCCGGUGGAGGUCGUACAGAAAUACCCACUUUUCUACCAGUCUCUCUUCUCCCUGGAGCACAGACCUCGCUCCUUGCAGCACCUGGCUCGCUGCACCCUCAGGACCCUCCUGGAGGGCCGGCUGCUUCUGGUCCUGUCCCAGCUGCACCUGCCAAGUGCCCUGCACCAGUUCCUGCUGCUCGGCUUCGAGGAUGUUCUCUACUAAGGACUGUGGUACCAGUAUUGCUGUGCUUUUCUGCAAAGAUGAUCCACCCCCACUGAUGCAGUCGGUGCCUUCCCAGCUAUGCCCUUCCCCUCAACCCCUCCUGCCAGGCCACAUCAGCCCUCUGUGCCAAGCCUGUCACUGUGUCCCAGUCAGUCUUGUGCUCUGCCUUAUGCACCUGUUUUGGAGCAUUCUGUUUGUCCAUAUUACUCAGGAGAGACUCCAGAAUAAGAAAAUGAAGAUAUGGGGAUUAGGGCAUUUUGUGGGACUAGGAGGAAGUACACCGCAUGGAUCAUAGGCUUAGUUGUAGGAUAUAAGUCUCCCUAUCCCAAAUCUAAAAACUCUAACCUUUACCAGGCAGCUCUGGUGCCUUGGGCAGUUGUUGGGAUCCUGUCUUUAGUCAAGUUGUUUACAAUCUGUACCCAAAGGUACAGUUGUACCUACCUGGGUACAACUUCUGCCUUGCCUUGAAGACUGUCCUGACAGAGCUCAAGCGUGUGCUGUGCAACGGGUGGUGUCAUGUGCACUUUUGGACCUGUGAACCUGCUUGUCAGAGGGAAAUGUGUGGUGGGUGUGGAGCUGCGGGUCUCAAACAACCCCUUUUCGUGGAGGUACAUUGUCUGGGUUACCUGGUUUAGCAGCUUGGGUAAGGACAGCAGUGCUUGUGCAGCACUGAGGACCCGACUGCAGGGUGAGGAGGAAUAUUCCCUGAGAACUCUGGUCUCCUGGGCACAGAGCAGCCACCCCUGAGCACUGUGUGGGGCCGUGUGCUGCUGCCUGGGUUGCACCACACUCCAGACAAAAUAAAGGGACACAGUUGUAAAGAAAGCAAAGUACCAGCUACUCUUUAAAGAUCUGCUGAGAGUGAACUCCAUUCCUGCUUCUGCCUCAAGGAAUACCUGAACUGCUGUGGCUGGCACAGGUACCCAGAGCAGCACUGAGGGUCCCUCCUCUCACUGCACUUGUCCUGCAAGGCCUCUGUUUGUGGCCAUGUCAGUGCCAGGACACUGACAGCUCUGAGGGUGAAAGGGUUUGACAGACCCAAUGCCAGUGUCUGUUCCUGCCUCUGUGGGGACAUGGGGCGUAGCUCUGUGCCCCCAGUUAUUGUCACCUUACACAGCCAAGGCCCUGCUGCUCUGAGGUGGUGAGCCCAAAAUCCCUCCAGGAAGUUCAUCAUGCCAUUCCUGAUGCACCACAGCAGGAAUGCUAACAGGAUACAAGAGGGAUGUGUCUACAUGGUACAGGCACACAAAAGGUGUUGGGAAAGCAGUUGUGGCUGCCUGUGUGUAGGUACUACUGCAGUAGUAUAUCUCAAAAAGGUUUAACGAUGUGUUUUACGUCAUCCAGGGGCAGAGAGGUAAGGUGUUGGCUCAAUGUGACAAACCAUGAUGGGAUGAAGUAAGCAGGGGAGCCAAAGCUUUUAAAAUACUGUGAUAAUGGCCCACCCUCUCACCACAGACCAGUAAGUGCAUUUCCCUCAAACCAGUGCAGGAACCCACCCUGAAGUCACCUCCUUCCUCUGGCUGAGCUGGCUUGUCUGCUCAGGUGAUUUGUUUAUAGGAUCAGGUCCAGUGGUCUUGUUCCCAAAGUCUAAUCAGCACUUUAGAGAGUUCAUUUUUAGCCAGAUGAUGUCUGUGGCUGGACAAGGAGCAGAAACAGGAGGUCCUGUUCCUUUUGGUGGCAGCAGAGUCUGGGCUUGCCUUAGCCUGACCCAGUGUCCCAGUCUGAAGGCAGAAUGCAGAGCAGCACAUGUGGCAGGUGUACUGUCCUUCUCUCCAGCACUGUCCCUAUGCCUGUGAUCAGUAAAGCAUGCUCAGGCACUAAAAUAAUAUCACCUUAAGGAGAGGGAAAGGUUGAAUUUAAUGGUUUGCUUUAUUUUGUAGUUGUUAACUUGCAGCUGUUAAGCAUUCCUGGGGUCUGGCUGGCUGCUUUUGCCAGUUCUGAGGCUGCUCUGCACUGGGUGAUGAGGACAGCUCCAGUGGGAAGAGGAGAACCCACAGGGUUUGGUUUCUGCACACACGAGGGCACAGGGAGCUCCUGCAUGAGCAAGCUGGCCAGCUCCUGGCACAUCCCAGUCCUCCUUGGAUGAAAGUGUUAUGGCCCAGACGGGCACCUGCUGCAGUGAAGGACCCGUGUGAGGCUGCAGGUGCCUUUCCAGGGCUCUUCUCAGAGCCACCAGGUUUGCAGGCAGGGUGUCCCAGUGUGCGUGGGAGGGCUGAGGUCAGAGGGCUGAGAGGGGGACAAGCCAUCCCUGGGCACAAUCUUCAUAGACUGAAUUUUGUCUGUGUUCCCAUUGAAACUGAAAGGGCAUGAGUUCAUUGUGUG